UCCAUUCCUUUCUUGUAACAUUGUUUCACACUUCAAAGAGUCAACAAAAAAACCUGUCAAAUUUCAUUAUACAACCUCCAUUAAGUUUCACCUACCUCUUUGCUUAUAUAAACUCCAUUUUCCCACCCAAAUAUACCAAAUAAUUAGCACGACUAUCUCAUUACUUCUACCUGCAGUUUCGUCUUCUCAAAACAACACCUCUUUUUUCUUGGAAUAUAAUCGAAUCUUCUUCUUGGGUUUGGUUAUUUUUAAUGGCUUCUUUGGUGUUUCAACAAGCAAUAUGCAAAUUGCAAUCUGCUGGUCCAAGCUGUAGUUUAAGCUGCCACUAUGAUUCUGGUAGCGUGUUGGUUAAGCCGUUUCCAACGGCAAACAACGUUCACUUUGGAUUUUCGUCAACCAAUAGCUUAAGUACAAUGCAGAAACGUUCAGGCGUAAUUCAAGCCUCAACAUCUCAAAUGUCAGUUGUGGAUACAGUUUUUUCACCAUCUGAUAACAUUGCCGGUGACAAACCUAAGAAAAAUGAGGCGGCGCUAAUCUUGAUUAGACAUGGUGAAUCAAUGUGGAACGAGAAAAACCUUUUUACUGGUUGUGUUGAUGUGCCACUGACGAAGAAGGGUGUCGAGGAGGCUAUUGAGGCUGGCAAGAGGAUCAGCAAUAUACCUGUUGACAAGAUAUAUACAUCUUCCCUGAUUCGUGCUCAGAUGACAGCCAUGCUUGCCAUGACGCAGCAUCGCCGUAGGAAGGUGCCCAUAAUCACGCAUAAUGAGAGUGAACAACUCAAGUUGUGGAGUGAAGUUUAUAGUGAGGAGACUAAAAAGCAGUCAAUACCAGUUGUAACAGCAUGGCAAUUGAAUGAAAGAAUGUAUGGGGAACUUCAAGGACUCGAUAAGCAAGAAACCGCGAAUAGAUAUGGACAAGAGAAAGUUCAUGAGUGGCGUCGUAGUUAUGAUAUACCUCCGCCAAACGGAGAGAGUUUGGAAAUGUGUGCAGAAAGAGCAGUCGCUUAUUUUAAAGAAAAUAUUGAACCCCAAAUACAAUCGGGGAAAAACAUACUGAUUGCUGCCCACGGGAAUUCACUUAGAUCUAUUAUCAUGUACCUUGAUGCACUAACAUCUCAAGAGGUCAUCAGCUUGGAACUAUCAACCGGAAUACCAUUGCUAUACAUUUUUAAAGAAGGAAAGUUCUUGCGAAGGGGAAGCCCGGUUGGACCUACUGAGGCAGGUGUCUAUGCCUACUCAAGGAGAUUGGCGGCUUACAGGCAGAAGUUGGAUGACAUGCUUCAAUAGAAGGUUUAGAUCUAUUCGUUGUGUAAUCAAUUUUCACACAACUGGCUGGACUUGAAGACACAAUGGAAAAAUGCAAUAGAACAUUAUGACAAGAACCUUGAUUCAAUGAUUUUGUGGCUUGUUUUUUGCUACAUUUUUAGUUUUUAAGGCUUCACUUUCAAAUACAUAUGCAAAUGUAAUAGACAAACAUAAUUUUUUAGUACUUUGGUUGUUAUAUGCAAAUGUAGGUGAGAUUCCCUGUCCCUUGCCUAAGAAAGGCGAUUUUUGCUCCAA